AUGCAAAAAUUCUUCCAAGCAUAUUCAGAAUUAGGGUUAUCUCGGCCGCUUUGCGAGAGCUGCAAUCUCGCCAAAAAUUUCAACAUCCUGCGAGCUCCCGCGGCCUCCUUCGUCUCAGAAACAUCUAACCCACCCCAUCCUCUGCUCCUGCUCUUCAGUACCGUUGCAUUGUGCGAUUUUGUUUACCACUACGACUCCAACCUAUUCUUUGACCCGUAUCCUCUUAUCGGACAAACGCGAUCGAUGAAGGGUCCGGCUUUCGCACCGUUUGCGCCGGCGGGUCUUUCUACCGGGAAGGACUUUGCCGGAAGUGCAACAUGCAGUCGGCACCAAUUCCGGGGGACUGCAAUUGCAGUGAGCAACCGCGUCGUUCUUCCAUCCUCCAUGCCCAUUGUCGCUCCUCUCCCGGCGAUGCCAACCAUUGAAGCCAUGCGUCACGGGAAGCGCAUUGCGAAGCUGAACAAGCCGGCCGACCAGCGCAAGGCGCUUCUUCGUGCGCUUACGACCGAGCUCAUUCGGCACGGCCGCAUCCAGACCACCCAUGCGCGUGCUCAGGCCGUGCGCAAGCCUGCGGAUCACAUGAUCACUCUCGCGAAGGAUGGCUCGCUGCAUGCGAGGAGGCAGGCCCUUGGCUACAUCUACGAUAAGGCCCUUGUGCACGCGCUUUUCGAACAGGUGCCAGAGAGGUAUGGAGACAGGAAUGGAGGAUACACUCGCGUGCUGCGCACCAUGCCAAGGAGGGGCGACAAUGCGCCUAUGGGUAUCAUUGAGCUCGUGUAGAGCAACCACCAUGGCUGCAUACGCUUCGUGCUUGUUUUAGAAGGUGUUCGCGCUGCUUUUUGUCAUCGGAAUGCGGCUGAAUUGGAGUGAUUACGUAAAUAUUUGAGUCUUGACCCAGGCUGCAAUGUAUUUGGGAGCGUCUAAUUCGGUUUCGCAUAGAUCACGCUGCGCUGAUCGCUGCGCAGGUAAAAUAGCCCAACACAACUUUCAAAA